AUGCAAGAAAACGCACAGAUCUUGUUAAUCUCACUAUUUGCUCUCCUUUUGAGAUGGUGUGUUACAUAUCAUUCCUACAGCGGUGAAGGAAAGCCUCCAAUGUUUGGAGACUAUGAAGCCCAACGGCAUUGGCAAGAAAUAACGUUAAAUGUGCCAAUUGAGAAAUGGUACAUAAAUACAACAAAUAAUGAUUUACAGUAUUGGGGAUUAGACUAUCCACCAUUAACAGCUUAUCAUAGUUUAGUGCUGGGCUAUGUUGCUAAUAUGAUCAAUUCUUCUUACAUAAAGUUACACGAGUCUAGAGGUUUCUCAUCUGAAAGUCAUAAAUAUUUUAUGAGACUCAGUGUUCUUUGUGUAGAUAUUUUGAUUUAUAUCCCGUCGAUAAUAUAUUUUAUAUUAACUAAUCAAGUAUCUGAAAACUUUGAAAAAAUAGAACUGUCUAUAUUUGGUCUGAAAAGAAAACAUAUUAAUCUUCUGCUUAUAUUAAUAUAUCCUGGUUUAAUAUUAAUAGAUCAUGGACAUUUUCAAUAUAAUUCAUUUUCAUUAGGACUGUUCAUUAGUGCUGUUACAGCUAUACUUCAAAAUUCGUUUAUUAUUGGGUCGAUCUUAUUUGUUGCAGCACUAAACUAUAAGCAAAUGGAACUUUACCACGCAUUGCCAAUUUUCUUUUACAUACUUGGAAAAUAUUCACGUAUGAAAGAACGGUUUUGGUUGUUCAAUUUAGUAAUGCUCUUCUGUAUAUCAAUUACAGUACUUUCUACAUUUUUUAUUAUAUGGUUACCUUUUAUUAAAAGUUGGGAAACAUUUGUAAGUGUUGUUCUUCGAUUAUUUCCAGUUUCUAGAGGUGUAUUCGAAGAUAAAGUUGCUAAUAUUUGGUGCACAAUCAAUGUGAUUUUUAAAUUACGUAAUACUUUUGCAAACAAGGAAUUAGCAAAAAUUUGUUUAAUGUCAACUACAUUUGCAGUUUCACCGAGUUGCAUAAAUCUAUACUUAAAUCCACAGAAAGAGAAGUUUAUUAUUUCCCUUAUUAACUGUGCAUUAGCAUUUUUCCUGUUUUCGUUUCAAGUUCAUGAAAAAUCAAUCCUACUUGUUGCAAUUCCAGUUUUAUUGUAUUUUCAAAGCAAUUCGUUUCCUUGUUUUUGGUUUUUAAUAAUUUCACACUUUAGUAUGUUACCAUUAUUUAUAAAAGAUGGUUUGUACAUGGUAUAUUGGGCUACAUUAAUCUUUUAUUUCAUUUUUGUUUUAUGGGCAUAUUCUGAUGUGUUUGAUAACAGCGAAUUAUUGAGUAAUAUUAACUUAAAAAAGAAUGUGCUUGUAACCAAUCAAAGAAAAAUUAAAGCAAAGCUAAAAAGCAAUGAGAAUAAAUCAUUAUUUACCAAAUUAAAAAGAGAUAUGAUACAUUAUAAGAAUAUUUUUGUUGUUGUAAGUUCUACUGUAUCUUUUUGGAAAAUAAUUCUGUUUUAUUGUUCGAUUCUAGGAAUAAUAAUGCUUUCUCUUAUUAGUGGUUUUUUGAAACCUCCAAAGAGGUAUCCAGAUCUUUUUGCAUUAUUAGUUUCUGCCUAUUCCUGUGGACACUUUAUUGCUUUCUACUUAUACUUUAAUUACAAACAAUUUGUAUGUGAAAAAUAUUAAAAAUUGAAAUAAAUCAAAAAAACAAUUUAA